AUGAACAACCCCGAACUUUAUCAAGAAUGUAAUAUUAUCCAGAAAACUGAUGCACUGUCAAGUCUGAAGAAAUACGCGUCAAAAUUAAAAUGGAAAAAGAACAAUAACAAGGUCGUAGAUUUAGGAUGCGGGGAUGGCAGCGUCACAAACAUUCUGAUGGAGUUUCUUCCUACUGAUUACCAGUUGCUGGGCUGUGACAUAAGCGAGAACAUGGUCAUGUACGCGUCUAACCAUCACAGGAAUGAGCGAACGUCUUUCACUUUACUGGACAUUUCAGGUCACCUGCCAAAACGCAUGAGGGGAUAUUUUGACCAUGUAUUUUCAUUCUACGCUCUCAACUGGGUUGCAGAUCAAAAGAAAGCUUUCGAAAAUAUUUUUAAUCUACUAGACUAUGACGGUCAAUGCUUACUGACUCUUGCGGGUUACCACACAAUUCACGAUGUCUACCGCAUCCUAUCACGAAACAGCAAAUGGAGUACUUGGAUAAAUGAUGUUGAAAAGUACAUUUCCCCUUAUCACGACUCAGAGAACCCAGAUGCAAGCAUAAUGAAACUAAUGCAGGCUAUAGGAUUCGUUGAUUGCCAUGUGGAGUGUAGAGACAUGGUCUUUUCAUAUGAAAAUGAAGAUAUUAUGAGAAAACAUACGCUAGCAGUUAAUCCAUUCAGGAUUCCAGCAGAACUGCAUGAUGACUUUAUAGUGGACUACAUUCAAGCGUUGAAAGAUAUUGCAAUUAGUCGCAAUGCAAAAACUGAAAUUUCAUCAAAAGGUUUUACCCUGUAUUACAAAUUACUCAUACUAUAUGGACGCAAACCUACCAUUUCGGAAAUUUGA